GAAACUGGACGUGAUGUGGAAUUAGAGCCUCCCCAGCUGAAGCCACCCCACAUUACUACAAAUAUAGCCGCCAUGCGUAGGCCACAAAAUGGCUCCACUCACUUUUCCCAAUGAAAAGCAAAUGGCUUUAGCAGUUUUAUCCCGAUGCGGGUGUCCUUCCUCUCUGUAAAAUCGUAAGUACCUCGAGGUGGGAGGAGUAAAUUCAGCCUGACACUGAGAGCGCUUUUGUUGAAACGGGAGAGACUCGCGGUGUCCCUACUUAAAUAUGACACAUGACGAUGGACAGGCCGCCCGCCCCGCCGCCCCCCAGCAGUGACCCCCGCGAUGCCCGCCGCCACGACCCCGAAGCGGAGCCCACGAGCGAGCCCGACAGCAGCCGCGGGGGCAUGGAGCCGCCGGCCGAGCCCCAGCUGCUGCUCAACGGGGCGGCCAAAGAGGCGGGCCGACCCUCCCCCGGGCCCCCCGCCGCCGCUGUGCCCGUCAUCGAGCUGGUGCGCCGGGGGGGCUCAUUGGACAUAAAAAGCCGAGAGGCGGCGGGGGAAGCGAUGCAGAGAGCGCCGGGCGCCGAGCCGUGCCGCGCUGCCGAAGCCGCCUGCGAAGCCCGCAUGGUGCAGCUGAGUCCCCCCGCGCUGCCGCUGCAGCCCCCCGGCAGGGCCAUGCUCUACAACCUGGGGCAACCGCUGGGCACCAUCGGCAGCGGGUUCUUCGGCGAGCCGGACUCCUUCUCCAUGUACGGCAGCAACCGGGUGAAGAGGAGACCGUCGCCCUACGAGAUGGAGAUCACCGACGGUCCUCACACGAAGGUGGUCCGCCGCAUUUUCACCAACAGCCGGGAGAGGUGGAGGCAGCAGAACGUGAACGGAGCCUUCGCGGAGCUCCGCAAACUCAUCCCCACGCACCCGCCCGACAAAAAGCUGAGCAAGAAUGAGAUUUUGCGCCUGGCUAUGAAAUACAUCAACUUCCUGGCCAAGCUGCUCAACGACCAGGAGGAGGAAGGAAACCAAAGGGGUAAAGUGAACAAAGACUCGGGGAUAGUUCAGGAAGACCUCCUGCAGGACAUGCUGUCUCCGAACUCCAGCUGUGGAAGUUCUUUGGAUGGAGCAGCGAGCCCGGACAGCUUCACAGAGGAGCACGACACGCUCGACUCCAAGCACGCACGGAACCUGCACCAUGCCAUCCUCCCUGUCGAAGGCAGCGCGCAGCGGUGAUGACCCCAAAUCACUCCCCGAGCGCUCAGAGAAGGGUGGCGAGACCCAGGUGGGUGGGAUUUGGGACCUUCGGCUCCCCGUCUGCUCGGCCCAGGUUGGCACGUUGGCCAACCGAAUGGGAUGGACGCUCGGUGUUUAGGUACGGGAUCGUACGAAGAAGAAAAGCGUUGAAGUCGUCUUCGUUGUACAUACUGACUCUGAGGAUGGGAGGGGAAUGCAGCCAGCACCCCUCCAACAUUCUGAGGGUUUUUUGGACCGCCUGAGGGUCACUUCUCAAGCAGUCUUGAGGCUGGGACGUGAGGAAUGAAACACAGGGCUGUGGAGCACAAGCAACUGGUCCGAGCCAUGCUCCCGUUGACCAAGACCUUCUGACUGUAUCUUUUUAAUGAGGUGAAAAAUACCCUCAGCAAAAGAACUAUUAAAAGGAUUGAGACUUUC